UACAAAUGUAAUUUUCUGUUAAGCAUUAUUUUCAAAAAGGCAAAACCAUUUAUAUUACAGAGAAACGCUUGUUUUAACAUCGCCCUUGUUUUUUUUAUUAUUUCUAAAACAGUUUUAAUUAAAUAACACUACAGCAGAUUUCGACAUCAUUUUUUAAUUUUACCCCCAAAUAACUUUCAAAUGUCAACAAGUUGAACGUUGUGCACUGUUGUAAAGAUGAUUUGAUAAGAAAUGAACGCACAGGACGCGAGCAAAACUAAAGUGAGCUGUGACAUCUUUGCAGAGUUUCUGGAAGUGAGUAUUCACUGUAUCCUGUAUAAUCGAGGGAUUUACCCAUCUGGUGUGUUCGAGAGAAGGAAGAAAUACAAUGUUCCAGUGCAGAUGUGCUUGCAUCCAGAUGUUGUUUCCUACAUCACCAAGGUGACAGAGAGUGUCAAGGUCAUGGUUGCUAAUGGAGAUGUUUCCAUGGUUACCAUUGUUGUUCUUGACCCAGAUAAUACUCCACUUGAGAGAUUUGUGUUUGAGCUGGGAAAACAAGGGGAGCUUGACAAGAAUGACCAGUACCUGUUUCAGUUGGAAGACGCUUUGAGAGCUUUUCUGCUAAAGUUGAAUGUGGCAGACUCUCUUCUAAAAGCCCUGCCUGAAGAUUGUAGCUGGGUGGUUCAUGUACAUACACGGGAGUCAACUGCUGACAAGUUUAUACAGACCCAAACUGUCAAAGAUUUUUCUUGGAUGCCAGCUGAUGAGAAACAGACAAAACUGCGGGAUGCGAGCCUGAUGCCAUUAAAAACCACGGACAAUUCAUUGCUCAAAAUGCAGCUUUAUGUGGAAGAGAGUUCUGUGAAGCCUGAGGCUUUGUUCUAGUGAUUUCUCCUGUUAACAGUAGUUCUAAGGUUCAGAAUUCAUCCUGAAAUCAGCAUAAAUUAUUGCAAGCCUGUUAACUUCAGACUUCUGUACAGUUAUGAAGUUAAUUUCUUUUGCUCAGACAUAUGUAUCAAAAACAGUAGAAUGUACCUUGAAUUGAGUAAGAAUUACUAUAAUUAAUGAUAAAUACUUUCAGAAGGGGUCUUAGCCUAUUAAUCCCACGUUGGGCAUUAAUCACUUAUACUCACACAGACCUCUGAUUAUUUUUCAGAAAUGACAAAUAUCAGCCAUUAGAACCCCUGUAUUAGAUAGUCAUGCUGUUAAACAUAUUAGUAUGAAAGGUUAUUUAACUAUUAUCUUAAGGAUAAAAUAUAAACACAAUUGGUUUCAGAAAUCAAAAGGAAUGGAGCUGACUAUUAAAGUAACGUUAAUGUUUUAUUUAUAUUGUUAAUUAUUGUAAUAUCCUAAAAUGGAUUCAUCAUACUGAUGUUUUUUCAAUUGUUUUACAUGUUCGUAUUCAUGUUACAUCUUAUAAUUAAGUUGUGUAGAUACGUACUGUGGUACUUUUUAUUUUCAUCAUAUUUCAAACUUUGUUAUUUUCUGUAUUUUUACAUAUUGAAGUGUUA